GACCAGUGGCUUCCAGCCUUGACACUAUUCUAACUAAACACCGCAUUACACCACGAGCUUACCACAGUCGAUCAUUCAUUGGCAAUCAUUGCCACAAAUACCUCUACCCAAAGGUGUACAAACAUCUCACUCAGACAAUUGUAGAGCAGACAGAGAUGUACACGUGUGAUCCAAUCAUUGUUGACAAAGCACACACUAUAGGUUGGAUUUUCGACUCUCUCAACCAAGCAUACAGUCAAAUUUAUAAUGACAUCCCACACUGCGCACUUAUUCCGGAAACAUCUAUCCCAGCAAUUCAGACAGCAAUAGACACGUACACGAAGCUGUACAAAAGACAUUUUCCAAAAAAGAUAAUCCCCAAACAGCACAUUUUAGAACAACACUGCAUUCCAUUCAUAACACAACACGGCUUUGGCUUGGACCUGCUGGGAGAACAAGAAACCGAAAGCUGUCACCAGUCUAUUUUAAAAAUUGAAAAGCGGGCUCAAUGCAUCGUAGACAGUACGGAAAAACUACGAUACGUUAUGAACGCACAUUUGCUCCAGACAGCACCUUCACUGGGCAUCGAGGCUGCAGGCACUGAGAAAACAACUACGGUGCCAUAGAUUCACAAAAUGUGAAAUAGUUCUGUGUCAUUUAAUGAAAGAUUUUGUAGUGUGGAUUUCAUCACAAGCCCGACGAAUUUGGCUGUUGAACAAAAAUACAAAAAUGUGGAUUACUAAUCUUCCAACAAUGAUGUCCUUUGCUGCGAAAAAUGACAGACUCUAAGAAACUAGCGUGUGAAGCCAUUGAGAGGGAGAACAGUGCGCUGCGGGCCCUUAGUCUGGACAUCUGGGACCACCCAGAGCUUUGUUUCAACGAAAAACAUGCACAUGCGGCAGUCACUGACUUUUUGGAGCAGAGAGGGUUCCAGGUGGAGCGGCAUUUUAAGCUAGACACUGCCUUCAGAGCGACAGCGUCUAGCAAGGACACAGAUGCAGACACGCCAACGAUAGGUGUGAUGUGCGAGUACGACGCUCUGCCAGGUAUUGGCCAUGCUUGCGGACACAAUCUGAUUGCCAUUAUGGGCGUCUCCAUCGCUCUGGGCAUCAAGGAGGCUUUAGAGCAAGGUGGUGUCAAAGGAAAAUUGGUCGUUCUGGGCUGCCCGGCGGAGGAGGGGGGCGGGGGGAAGAUCGACCUGAUCAACGCGGGAGCCUACGACGACAUGGACUGUGCCAUCAUGGGUCACCCGUCGCAGUUCAACCUGUCCAGGCCUGUCUACGUGGGGAUGUGCCCGAUGUCUAUCACGUAUAAAGGGAAAGCAUCCCAUGCCUCCAGCUUCCCGUGGGACGGAGUUAAUGCCCUUGAUGCGGCCGUGCUGUGCUAUCAGAACGUGUCGUGCAUGCGGCAACACAUGAGGCCAACGUGGAGGGUGCAUGGUGUGAUCACACACGGAGGAGAGAAGCCAAAUAUCAUUCCGCAGAGAUCGGAGCUGCUGUACUACACGCGGGCGCCCACGGUCGAAGAACUGGAAGAGCUGAAGUCAAAGGUCAAGGACUGUGUCGAAGGGGCGGCAAAAGCUACAGGGUGCUCGGUGGAGUACAAGUUCGGCGCAAACGCCUACGCGCCUCUUCUCUCCAAUGACAUCCUGGCCACCUUGUACGAGAAGAACGGACAGAAUCUGGGGAUCGAGUUUGAGAAUGACCCGACGCGGCUCAGCAAACAGGGGGGUUCCACAGACAUGGGCAACGUGUCGCAGAUUCUGCCCAGCAUCCACCCCAAGUACAGCAUCAACACGAUGGUGGCGGCCCACACCACGGACUUCAGGGACAAAGCCAGGACAGAAGAGUCCCACGAUCUGACGUUGAUCCACUCCAAGGCCAUGGCCCUGGCUGCGAUCGACGUGUGCAACGACCCGCCACUGGUGGCUCAGAUGCAGGCGGAGCUGAAGCAGCGUCAACAUCCCAGUGCUCGUCGCUGAUCUGCCGGUUUGAGGAUUUGUGCAUCUUGGGUGUAGUGCCCUUCUUUCUGUCUUUUACUGUGUGUGUAAUGAAUCCAUGUAGUGGAGCUUUUUAUAUAUGUGUGUCAGUGUCAGUCAAAUUCAGAAAUAAGUUAGAAAUUUCACAAAUUUGAAAAAAACCCCCAAAAAAACUGUCACAUUUUCUCUACACUGUAAAGAAAGAUUGAGGUCAGUCUCAGAAUAUUUGACUAAAAUUUUGAAACUUUGAUUCUGUAAGGUGCGGAAUGGCGAAAAUGAGAAAAUGGAACUAGUGUUAUGCCAAACCACAUACACUUCAGAAAUAAAUAUAAAUAAAAUACAUAUAGUGGAGAAAAAAAAAAUAAUGAAGUGAAACAACCCCCCCCCCCCCCCCCCCCCCCCUUCCCAAAUUUUUUAUAUUUUUUUCAAGAGAAAUGAAAGAUACAAGGUUCACCACAGGUCAAUUAUUUCUUUCUUUCGGGCCUUGUAGCUUGGAGUUGCAAAGUGCGUCUUAUGUCUGAUUAUGAUGGACGCUGACACAUACGUCUUCCUGACUCCCGAGAGUGGCUUUGAUGCUACUGUCCCUUAUCCCAAUACUGCUGCCGUCAUUUGUAAAAGUACAGAUUAUGCAGUUUUUACAAUUUUACAUAGAGCCAAACAACUGAAUUAUGCUACCAAGAAUACAAACUCUUUGCAAACAUCCCUAGUCAAUAUUUUUGAGGAUACGAUUUCGGUAAUAACUUUCCUUAUUAUCUUAACCCUUUGAGCCCUAGCAACGGGUACACGGGAGGCGCCUAAAAUUGCCCGUAUGCCUAGCCACUGACCGGUACACCGGUGAGCUUGACCCUAUCCCCAGCCCUGCCCAUCUGGGCCAAUAUAUGAAGGGAAAACAGUACACGCGACGUUAUUGGUCAUUUUGAAGAUCUUUCUGACUUUGAUGCUGGUAAUGACGAGGAUUGUCCUCAGUGAUAUAUAGAAUGUGCUUAUGACAAUCAUAUGAAUGUUGGUAAUAUAUCACUCAGGAAGAGGGACAUGGUAGCCUCAGGAGGACAGGGCUCAAACGGUCAAAGGAAAUGUUGUUUUCUGGGUGACAACACUCCGUUUUUUGGCUCUCAUGUAAAAUCGUAAAACUACACAUGUGAGGCGUCAAAGGGAAAUCAGUCGCUUGUCAAAAUAAUGAAAUUAAAGAAACUGAUUGGCCAGUGGGCAAUUUUUUUUUCUAGUUUUCUUCUUUUUUUUUCAUCUCAACACCUUUUAUGUCCAUUUAAAAACACAUUUCUGUGUGAAUUUAACUUAAAGACCUUGAAUAAUGGCACUAGAAAUAUAAAUUUUCAGUUUCCAAGGACUCUCAGGCUAUGGAUGUUACCAAACUUUGACGGCCAUUUUCUCGCUAAUUUUACUUCUGACACUAACACCAAGCGACCCAGACAUCCUUCAAUGGAAAAUGUUUCAACUUCUAUUCAACAUAGAUGGAUAUUUUUUUUCACUAAAAGGAAGACAGAUGAACAGGCUUUAAGAUUAUGCCAAUAACCCCAUAUGCCCCAAAAAACUGAUGAGCGCCUGAUUCCACCGCGCCGUGACACGUAUGGAGAGACUGGAGGAUCUGUGUAGACCAGUGGAGUGCCCCUCAUCUCUUGGUUUUGGUUCUUCCUCUCUCACUGCUUGACUCGUUUUCUUUCUGGAUUUUUUUUGGGGGGGGGGGGGGUUUGCUUUGCUUUUCGUUUUCCUUCCUUAAGAAGGUCUGGACAGUUAGUUUUUUUUUGUUUUGUUUUGUCCCCCGCUCAUUUCUAUGAUAUUGUUGAUGUAGCAACAUAAACAGCAACAGAGAAUGAUGUACGUAGACACAUUCAUGUGGUCUGCUUCUUUUACUUCUAUUUAUGUGACUUCUGUUCUAGUCUGUAACCUGAUGGUAUGUCAUCGCCUUUGUGCCAUUUGCUAGAAUUUAUCCUUUAACAACCCUCCACAUCUGAUUUAAUUUUUACAAAGGGUGUUUCCGUGCCAAUCCCUGGAAUGUUGAUUGCUUGAAAGGGAGGAAAUAGCAACAGGAACUAUACGUCUUUCAUGAAGUACAAUACGUUCUUUUCUGUUGCUUGCAUUAACGUCGCAUACUCUCUCAUAGUCACAUAGGCUUUGUCUUUACCAGAUCUCACUUUGUGAGAAUUUUUUAUGUUUGUCAUUUUUUCCGAGUGUCUUUAGACUGUUUAGAGUUCUUGUAAUGGUACAGGACAAAGUGGGUUGAUACGAGAACUAAAGAAUUAUCGUAGGUCUAUAGAACUGGCUUAUUAGUUCCCGUCUUCCUUCAUAAGCUGUAUUGGAGUGUGUUGAAAACAUCUGCACUCACAGUUACAUCUAUCUGAACUCUAUUGUGCUCUGGUUUUUUUAUCAGUAACUUUGCAAACAAAGUUGGAUGCAAGCAAUGUCAACUUUAUAAUCAGGCACUUCCUAAUAGAUUGUCAAGACUUGGGAGAGGCCUGAAAGAAAUACUUUAAAUGCCCUAAUUUAAAGAAAUUGUUCUCCAUCGGUGAUCCCUUGAUAAAGACUACUGGUCUUAAUGUCAAAAUGUAGCAAGAUUUGUUUUAAAAAUGUAAACGACUGGGCUUUUUAAACUGAAAUUUUCACAAUGUUUUUUUAGAUUCUUCAACCAUUCUUACUUGCAAAGUAAAUCCAAGUAAUGCCUUGGACUAACUUGAAAUACCACCAAUUUGUGUCCUGGGCACUCAUAUGACCAUAUGCAGUUGUGAGCGCCAUAAAAACUUUGACCAAAUAUAACGUAAAACGUUUGCAAACAAGACCAUGUAGUAUCCAAAAGUCUGCAAGUUCCUUUUUUAGUUGAUCGUGUUUGGUCGUAUUCUGCAUUUUUUUUUUCUCUUUGGAAAUGAAGAACGAACACUAUUUUUACUGUUUUCCUUCUCAGCGUGCAAAAUAUAUUUACUGGUUGACUUGGCCAUUUGAAGCUAAUGGGCUUUUUUUCAUAUGUGUGUGUGUGUGUGUGUGAACGGAAAAUAUCUCAGAGGUGCUAAAGUAGUUUUCCUGAGUACUUGAGGUGCGCUAUUUUAACUCGUUACUGACGCUAGAAAAACAUGUGCUAGGUUUUGUGUUGUUUUACGAUUUACUGUGUGAAUAAAAACAAAAAAACGUCGUCGUCACGAAAUUGUUCAUGUCAGAGCGACGCAUACUUAUUAAUUACCUUUCUCUCCCAUAUAAAUAAGUGGUGGCUUUACUUUGUGGUGCUGACGAAGCAUUAAUGAUGCUCUUGAUCUGACGGAAUAACUCGUUUGGUAUGAAC